AAAGUAUAGAUUUCAAGAAAUUGUAUCCAAAACUGAAGGAUGCUGAUGCGGAAACAUUAUUAGCAGUAACCAAGAGAGUACUCAGCACGGGUCAAUUCCUACCCCACUGGUUCCUACAGAGAUACAUGGAUGUAGACGCGGGCGGCUGCAUCCGCGCUCUUCUCCGCGGCGGGCGCUGCGUGGAAGCGGCUGAAGCGUGCUCACGCGCGCUACGAACCUCGCUCGCAGCGCUGCGGCCGCUCCCGCCGCACCCGCGCGCCGCGCCGCUCGCGCUCGCCGACCUGCUGCUCGCCGAGCUCGCACACCACAAGAACCAGCCCUAUGUGAACCAGGUGGGUACUGAGCUCAGACACCCGCAGUGUGUUGCACUGCGCACCUCGCUCGCAGCGCUGCGGCCGCUCCCGCCGCACCCGCGCGCCGCGCCGCUCGCGCUCGCCGACCUGCUGCUCGCCGAGCUCGCACACCACAAGAACCAGCCCUAUGUGAACCAGGUGGGUACUGAGCUCAGACACCCGCAGUGUGUUGCACUGCGCACCUCGCUCGCAGCGCUGCGGCCGCUCCCGCCGCACCCGCGCGCCGCGCCGCUCGCGCUCGCCGACCUGCUGCUCGCCGAGCUCGCACACCACAAGAACCAGCCCUAUGUGAACCAGGUGGGUACUGAGCUCAGACACCCGCAGUGUGUUGCACUGCGCACCUCGCUCGCAGCGCUGCGGCCGCUCCCGCCGCACCCGCGCGCCGCGCCGCUCGCGCUCGCCGACCUGCUGCUCGCCGAGCUCGCACACCACAAGAACCAGCCCUAUGUGAACCAGGUGGGUACUGAGCUCAGACACCCGCAGUGUGUUGCACUGCGCACCUCGCUCGCAGCGCUGCGGCCGCUCCCGCCGCACCCGCGCGCCGCGCCGCUCGCGCUCGCCGACCUGCUGCUCGCCGAGCUCGCACACCACAAGAACCAGCCCUAUGUGAACCAGGUUUAUAACGACUUGGAUAGUCUCGUAAAAGAGUACAUACAAGUGGUAAUUAGAACAUCUGAGGAUAUGAAGCUAGCAACUAUACAGUAAGGAUUUAGAAAUAAAACAUGUUUGCAUUUACA